AUGGAAGCAAGCCAAGCUUGGUGUGGACCCGCGACAUCUUCUACGAUGAAGGAUAUUGCUGCUGUUGCAGCGAGUCAUCUGAGUUCAUUUGCACAGUUACUGCCCGGUGAUGACAGUGACACCAAUAAGAAUAGUAGCAACAAUAAGGACAACAGUGAAAGUAAAAACUCAUUGACUGUGUCAGCAGCAAAUGCGAUUAAAAGAGAAAUUGACACAAGUUUAGAAACAAAUGGUACGCGCCGUCAAUCUGUUGUGGUAGAGCCAAGCUCAGUGGUUCCGAAUGAUGGCGUGCCAGAAACGAAAUUCGAUGCUUCAAAUUUUUCGUCUUUAUUACCAAAUCUUGUCCAAACUUCUGAAUUAUCAACAGCAGUUUCAUGCCAUCAUUAUCCGGAAUGGAUGAGUCAGUCCGGCGUCAGCCUGUAUCCCAGCUGUUCGACAGCAGCAGCAGCGGCAGCUCUUGCCACACCACAAUAUUACUAUGCCGGAGUGCCGUCGCAGGCCUAUCUAAUGCAGCAGUCACUGAGUACCGAACUGAUGCCGUCAACUGCUAUACAAACAUAUAAUACUGCCGCCACUGCUACAACACAUUUAUCCAGCAGUUAUGAUCCUUUUCGAAUGAAUACUAAUUAUGAUUCGCUUUCUUCCUAUCAAUUACAGCAGCGAACCGGUGUGGAUGGAAAUCUUUGUGUUUUUCCUUCUCAAACAUUAAACGGAACUAUCGCACAUUCUGCGAUACAAUCAGCACAAUGUCAACAAUGUGGCAUUUAUACUUCGGAUAUUGCAUGCAGUGGUACUUCAGUAAUCUGCGCCAAAUGCGCAUCCGAUCUCAUGAUACAUUACAGUACUAAUCGAUCAGAAAUGUCACAACACAUUGUUUCAUAUUCGCCAUUUUUGAACACUUCUUGCGGAAUUGCUGACAACAGCGAACAAGCAUUAGUUAAUGGACAACAGCAAUCCACUCGAAGCAGUUCUUCUGGCGCCCGAAGUCGACAACAGCAGAGAAAAAAUCAACCUCAGAAUAAUUCCCAACGAAGACAAGGCCUGGUUUGUGCAAACUGUCGGGGAACCAACACAACCUUAUGGAGAAGGGAUGCUGAUGGACAUCCGGUAUGCAAUGCUUGCGGAUUAUAUUACAAACUUCAUCAAGUACAACGUCCAAUAUCAAUGAAAAAAGAAGGAACUCUGCAAACGCGGAAGCGAAAACAAAAGUCGGAAGGCAAUGGAAUUUUGAGACAACCUGCAGCAUCGAAAAAGUUAGGCAAUCAUCAUAACCGAGCUAGCCGUACCUACGAAAGUUCUCAGUCCGCAAGUAGUUCCUUCGGUUCGGCUGUUGAAACAGUUAAUGAUCUGGUCCAUCCUUACAAUGUUAUUUCAUCGGUCGGUUCAGUGAAUGAUGAUCAGCUGUUUGCAUGGAAUACUGGAACUCAAUAUGAUACAUCUCAAGACAUUUCUCUUCCAGGCUUGAAUGCUGGUAAUGUUUUGACCCAAGCAUUAUUCUCAACCAGUCAUUACGACACAACAUCAGAGACAGAGAUAAUUACAACUGUUGGUAUACCAACUGAGGUAAUUCGGAGAAGUGAGGAAGAAGAAACAACAGCUGCGGUGCAUUCACUGCAAGCACUCAAGGAGGAAUGCAUGGAAUCAAACGUUUUAGAUGAGAAGAAAUUCAAUUAG